AUGCAGGGAGCCUGGCUGCUGCUGCUGCUGCUGCUGGGCCUCGGGUUGCAGCUGUCACUGAGUGUCAUCCCAGUGGAGGAGGAGAACCCAGCCUUCUGGAACCAAAAGGCAGCCGAAGCUCUGAGUGCUGCCAAGAAGCUGCAGCCCAUUCAGACAUCAGCCAAGAACCUCAUCAUCUUCCUGGGGAACGGGAUGGGGGUACCCACAGUGACAGCCACCAGGAUCUUAAAGGGACAGUUGGAAGGCCAUCUAGGACCUGAGACACCCCUAGCCAUGGACAGCUUCCCAUACAUGGCUCUGUCCAAGACCUACAGUGUGAACAGACAGGUCCCCGACAGUGCCAGCACAGCCACAGCCUACCUGUGCGGGGUCAAGACCAACUACAAGACCAUUGGUGUGAGCCCGGCCGCACGGUUUGACGAGUGCAACACCACUUUCGGCAAUGAGGUCAUCUCGGUGCCAAACAAGCAGGUGGGAAAGGCCGUAGGACUGGUGACCACCACAAGGGUGCAGCACGCCUCUCCAGCCGGCACGUACGUUCACACGAUGAACCGGAACUGGUACGGGGACGCUGAUAUGCCCGCCUCGGCCCUGCAGGAGGGCUGCAAGGACAUUGCUACACAACUUGUCUCCAACAUGGACAUCAAUGUGAUCCUCGGUGGGGGCCGAAAAUACAUGUUUCCUGAAGGAACCCCAGACCCUGAGUAUCCGAAUGAUGUUAACCAGACCGGAACCAGACUUGAUGGCCGGAACCUGGUGGAGGAAUGGCUGUCAAAGCACCAGGGAUCCCAGUAUGUUUGGAACCGUGAAGAACUCAUUCAGAAGUCCCUCGAUCCAUCAGUGACUUACCUCAUGGGCCUCUUUAAGCCUGUAGACACAAAAUUCGACAUUCAACGAGACCCCUUGAUGGAUCCAUCUCUGAAGGAAAUGACAGAGGCAGCCCUGAGAGUGCUAAGCAGGAACCCCAACGGCUUCUACCUCUUUGUGGAGGGUGGCGGAAUCGACUGUGGUCACCAUCUGGGCACAGCGUAUCUGGCUCUGACUGAGGCUGUCAUGUUCGACACAGCCAUCGAGAAGGCCAGCCAGCUUACCAGUGAGAAAGACACAUUGACCAUAGUUACCGCUGACCACUCCCACGUCUUCUCCUUUGGUGGCUACACACUUCGGGGGACCUCCAUCUUCGGGCUGGCCCCGCUCAAAGCUCUGGACGGAAAGUCCUACACCUCCAUCCUGUAUGGCAACGGCCCGGGCUACGUUGGUACAGGGGAAAGACCCAACGUCACCGCUGCUGAAAGCGGUGACCCCUCAUACCAGCAGCAGGCGGCUGUGCCGGUGAAGUCGGAGACCCACGGCGGGGAGGAUGUGGCGAUAUUCGCGCGUGGCCCGCAGGCACACCUGCUGCACGGAGUGCAGGAGCAGAGUUACAUCGCGCAUGUCAUGGCCUUUGCAGGCUGCCUGGAGCCCUACACCGACUGCGGCCUGGCGCCCCCUGAAGACGAGAGCAGUGAAACCGCCCCGAGCCAGACCACCACGACAACCCGCCAGACCACCACCACCAUCCCUGUAAGGGACAGCGCUGGUAGCCUAGGCCCAGCCACCACCCCGCUGGCCCUGUCGCUGCUGGCCUGA